CAACGUUCCAACCAUAAGAACGACCAAAGCUGUUCACCUUAUGUUUGGAAUGUGUUGUAGAAUUUUUUUUGAGCUUCAAUAAUCCUUUUAUCGCUACACACACGGUCACACAUGUAGGGGAUCAGAACCACAGAUGACCUAAAUGACUUACAUGCCGAAAAGACUGAUAAGGGCUUUGAGAGGAAAUCUUGGACCAGCCCCCCCCCCCCCCCCCCCUUGUCCCUCACUUCCACAUCUGAGAGCCUGCUGUUGACCAGCUCAUGCUCUAGGUGCUAGAGGGAUCGAGGUCAAUGGAUAUGAUCUGUGGAGACCUGUAACUCUCUUGGAAGAAGUAAGUUUUGGGGGAAAGAUAUAAAUUGUGACAUCUGCUGGAGGAGGAAGGAACAUAGUCACCAGAUCAAGCAGCUGACCUUUUGUUGACGUUUUUCUUGUCUGACUUGAAAGCUGAGUGCAUACAGUCAGGUGGAGCACAGGCAGUGAUCGUCGUUCCCAUAGGAGAAACCAGCUUGCAAAGAGGAAUGGAGUCCCCGCAGGAAAUGGCAGCAAGUCUUUUGAAGACAUCAUCUAUGUCUCUAAGGACAAAAUUGCUCCAUCAGACGGGAGUGUCACUUUAUAAUACAUCUCAUGGCUUCCAUGAGGAGGAAGUAAAAAAAAAACUUCAGCAGUUUCCUGGUGGAUCCAUUGACCUUCAGAAGGAAGACAAUGGCAUUGGCAUUCUUACUCUGAACAAUCCCAGUAAAAGGAAUGCCUUCUCAGGUGUUAUGAUGCUACAACUUUUGGAAAAAGUGACUGAAUUGGAAAAUUGGACAGAGGGGAAAGGUCUCAUUGUUCGUGGGGCAAAAAAUACAUUCUCCUCAGGAUCUGAUCUGAAUGCUGUGAAAGCCCUAGGAACUCCAGAGGAUGGAGUGGCCUUAUGUAUGUUCAUGCAAAACACCUUAACAAGAUUGAUGAGACUUCCUUUAAUAAGUGUCGCACUGGUUCAAGGUUGGGCAUUGGGUGGAGGAGCAGAGGUUACUACGGCAUGUGAUUUCAGUAAAGACCAGGAUCUAUAUGCCCUGUAUGGUCUGGCCCCCACCUCAUCUCACAUGUGGAAAAAUUUCAAGACAAUGAUGCCUGCUUUCACCACUGCUAUUCAACAUUAUACUAGAAUUGAAAAGACAUUAAAAGGCAUACAAAUUGCUAAUAAAGAAGUUAAUUUCCCUAUUUGCAGAGACAGUAAAACUAUUUCUGUUCUCUAUAUUGAAAAAUCUCAAAGAAUCCACAAGAAAGCUACUAGAGCUAGUAAACAAAUACAGCAGCAGGUUGCAAGUUCAGAGCACAAAAAAAGCCAGUUUUGUUUCUAUAUCUAGCAGUCAACAAUCCAAAAAGGAAUUCAAGAAAGCAAUUCUAUUUACAGUAGUAUCUAAAAGAAUGAAAUACUGAGGAAUCCACUUCACCAAGGAGAUGAAAGACUUAUACAAAGAAAACUAUAAAACACUGCUGGGAGAAAUUAAAAAGCUAAAUAAAUGGACAGACAACCUGUAUUCAUGAAUUGGAAGACCACACUACAGAUGAAUUGGAUGACAACACUACACAAAAUGAUGUACAGAUUCAACAUAAUUCUUAUAAAAAUUCCAACAACGUUUUCUGCGGAAAUGGAAAAGGCAAUCCUUAAAUUCAAAUGGAAUUAUGAGGGGCCCUAAUUACCAAAACAAUCUUGAAAAAGAAGAACAAAGCUGGAGAACUCACAUUUCUGGAUUUCAAAACUUACUACAAAGCUACAGUAAUCAAGACAAUGUGGGUAUUGGCCUAACAAUAGACAAAUGCAAUAAAAGAGUCCAGAAAUAAACCCAUAUAUCUAUGGCCAAUUGAUUUUCAAAAAGGGUGCCAAGUCCAUUCAGUGGGGAAAAAAAAUAGUCUCUUCAACAACUGAAUUUCCACAUGCAAAAAAAUUAAAUCAGACCCCCACUUCACACCAUAUACAAAAUUAACUCAAAAUGGAUCAAUAACCCUAAUGCAAGAGGUAAAACCACACAACUCUUAGUAGAAAACAUCAGGGUAAAUCUCCAUAAUCUUGGAUUUGGCAAUGGAUUCCUAGCUACGACACCAAAAGCAUGAGUAACAAAAUUAAAAAUAGAUAAAUUGGACUUCAUCAGAAUUAAAACUUGGGGGCAUCAAAAGACAUUGUCAAACAAGUAAAAUGACAAUUUAGAGAAUGGGAGACAAUUUUUAUCAAUCACCUCUCUGAAAAGGGCUUAAUCUCCAGAAUAUAAAAAGAACUUCUACAACUUAACAACAAAAAGACCCCC